UCAUUGGUGUCAGUGGUGGGAGGAAUAGUAUCCCAUCAUUGGUGUCAGUGGGGGGGGUGGAGGAUUAGUGCCCCAUCGUUGGUGUCAGUGGGGGGGAGGAAAAGUGCCCCAUCGUUGGUGUCAGUGGGGGGGAGGAAUAGUAUCCCAUGAUUGGUGUCAGUGGGGGGUGGAAUAGUGCUCCAUGAUUGGUGUCAGUGGGGGUGGAAUAGUGCCCCAUCGUUGGUGUCAGUGGGGGGGGGGGGAGGAAUAGUGCCCCAUCGUUGGUGUCAGUGGGAGGAAUAAUGCCCCAU